GUUUUGUUAAGUAACGAAAGUGAAAUACGUCUUGUUCUGUGUGAUUUUGUUUUACUAUAGCAGCAAAGAUGGAUAUAAUGUUAAGCAAUUUUAUUACCAACGACGAACGGAAGGAGGAGAAGAAAAAGAAAAAAACUUUCGGUGGAACCGAUAGCGGCGGAACUUUUUCUAUGGUGUUUAACAAAAGUCAGCCCGUGAAGGCUAUUGUCGCCAGAAAACGAGCUGUACCGACACAAGCGUGUACCACGAAAACUGCAAAAUCCGCCGAGCCUCCUGUCGUUGAACAGACCAAUGUUGCUCAAAAGAUCCCUGAUCAACCGGCGAAAAUAGAGAAAAGCAAAUUACACGUGAAGCCAGAGUUAAAAGUAAGACAAAAACCAGAACGGAAAACCCCCCAAUCCGAAUCGAAAUUCUCUCUCAGCGAUGAGUUCAAGAAAAUCAAAACCAACCGAAAAGCAAAUAUGUUCGAUCGGUUGAAGACGCAAAUGCCCAAAGUGGAUUUGCCGGAAGUGCAUCCCUUGACGGAGAAAGUUUUUAGCGAUGUUGCCAUAGAUUCGCUGGCGAUUCAUGCGCACCAGAAAAAGAACAUAGCCGAUUUGCUUGGAUUUCGUAACCUAACGGUGGUUCAGAACCUUUCCGUUCCACACAUCCUUCAAGGACGAGACGUGCUGAUACGGGCGCAGACCGGUUCUGGCAAAACCCUAGCGUACGCAAUGCCGCUUGUGGAGAAGUUGCAUUCACAAGAGGUGCGAAUUACCCGCACCGAUGGUAUACUGGCGGUUGUGAUCGUUCCCACAAGGGAGCUUGCCUUGCAGACUUAUGAGCUGUUUAUUAAGUUGCUAAAACCAUUCACCUGGAUCGUAUCCGGUUAUCUGUGCGGAGGAGAAAAGCGCAAGGCGGAAAAGGCACGACUGCGAGCCGGGUUGAAUAUUUUGAUUGGAACUCCCGGACGUUUCUGUGAUCAUAUUAAAAACACCGAAUCAAUGAAAUUAAAUUCGGUGCAAUAUUUGAUUCUGGAUGAAGCAGAUAGGAUGUUGGAGUUGGGUUAUGAGAAGGAUAUAAAGCAGAUAGUGGAAUCGAUUAAAAAUUCUGGUGAAGAGAAGGAUCAAGCGAACGGCAUUCAAACGAUCCUUCUUUCUGCUACUUUAACGCGGUCGGUGAAAGAAUUAGCUGGAUUGACUCUGAGUGAUCCGAUUUACGUGGAUACGAGUGACAUUGUGGUGGAGCGGCAGUUUGAUAGCAUACGGGUGGAAGACUUAGAGGAACGAAUAACAAUCCCUGCUACGGUACGGCAAAGCUAUCUAGUGAUUCCUCCAAAGUUAAGAUUAGUGACCCUUAGUGGACUGUUAGCGUAUGAGUUAAACAGAAAAGUCAGCAAAGCCCUAGUCUUUCUCGCCACUCAAGAUCUAGUAGAUUAUCACUAUGACGUUAUGGUGGAAGUUUUAACGCAAAAGAAACCAGAUUCGGAUGAUGAAAAUGAUUCGGAAGAUGAUGAUGUCAGUGAAUCUGAAUCGGAGCAAGACAAAAAUGGAGAUGAAGCGGUCCUACUGCCCAAUGUUAAUUUUUUUAAACUGCAUGGAAAAAUGACACAAAUUGAAAGGAGCUCGGUGUUUCGAGAAUUUCGCUCUUCCAAAUCAGCAAUUUUGCUCUGUACUGACGUCGUUGCACGGGGGAUUGAUGUCCCCAGCGUUGACUUAGUAAUCCAGUAUCACGCGCCACAAAUACUAGCCGACUAUGUUCAUCGUGUAGGUCGGACGGCUCGCGCCGGACAAAGCGGUAAGGCUGUGCUGUUCCUGGAACCUUCGGAAGUGGAAUUCGCCAAAUAUUUAGCCGUCAAACAGAUAAAACUGUUCGAGGAAAAGGUGGACCCAAUAUUCAGUCGAAUCGGGGAACUGCUGAAUGCACCGGCAGCACGGAAACACAAAAACCGGGAACAAGCAUCCAUCGAGCUGCAGCACCGAUACGAGAAGUUGGUAGCCACGGAAAAGGAACUGUACGGUCGGGCUUGUAAAGCAUUCGUUUCCUGGGUGCGAUACUAUUCAAACUUUCCGAAACAGUUGCGGCGAAUCUUUGCCAUCAAAGCAGUCAACAUGGGUCACUACGCUAAGUGCCUUGGACUUCGGGAUCCACCGAAGCAACUGGUGCGGCAGCAGUCUGUUUCUCAUGAGGAGAAGGGUUCAGAGAAAAAUGCUCGAAACUUUGCUGGUAAAGGACUUCGAAAGGGACCUACUAGCAAUAACCGCUCAAAACCAAAAUCGACAAAGCGUUCUCCGACUGCGGGGACUAGCAUAUCGAAGGCUGCUAGUGGACCAAGCAAACGCCGUCACGGAUUUGACAACGAUCAGCGCCAGCACAACAAGGAUCUGGCCGGCUACGCUCAAGCUUCACGGAUGGUAAACAUGUCUGAAUUCGACAGCGGACUAACGCAGCCUGCAAGAAAGAAAGCCCGAAAAUAGGUUGCCGACACCCCCGCAAGACCGCAAGAUCGUUUCCGAUCGAAACGUGCACCGUUUUGUACAUAUAGAACAAAAAGCAGCACUCUUCGUGCAAAUAUUUGUUUUUUUUUUCUCUUCUUUUCUUUUCUUUACCUUCAAUCGUACGGGGUAAUGAUUCGCAUUACAGAAAUAAAUUAAGACAAACAACCCGAGAUUGAAUCGGGUACAGAAAAUGUGAUUGUUAUUAACCGAGUGGCGCCACUCGAAACCGCUGCUGCCGCCGCCGCUACCAUAAGCACAAGAAAGGAGAUAAAUUUUGCGGGUCAAUCCGAGAGCUAACAAACUAAUAAACCAUCAUCAUCAUCAUCAUCAUCCUCAUCUUCAUCAUCGGCUCUGUGGUGGGUGCCGGAGAUGAGCAAAAAAGUUACCGGGGAUCAUACUGGAAAGCGGUAAAUCGCUUACGCAAAACCGCAACGCACCGACAAGUGAACAAAGUUACAACAACAGUAGCCAGCCGGUGCCUCUACUCUACCGUCUGUGGUGGGGCUUGAAUUCCACGGGUUGGGGACCACGGGGGAAUGGAACCUGUGGGAGCCUUGU